AUGCGUAGUUUAGCUACGCAACAUUUUGACCUUCCGGAUUCUGUCACUAAUAACUUCCUACUCAAAGAUCGAGGGACGCCUGUAGCAAUGCUCCUUCAAGGACGAACUUCCCACUACCGUAUAGACGAACCUGACGCCAAUGAAGAAUACAGUCGUCUUCUACCUUCCGGGGGUCAUCUGGUCCACUACCCAGACAGCGACGGCAACAUGAAGGAGUAUACGGUCACAAUAUUUCAUCAAUUGAAAUGUUUGAACAUCGUUCGGGAAGCAUAUCUUAACGAUGCGUCGCAGCCUAUUUCAAGAUUCACGAGACACUGUAUGACGUACCUUCGGCAAAGCCUUCUAUGCAACUUGAAUAUCGGUUUAGAAAAUACGGUAAAUGCGGCAGCCAGUGUGUCUCGGACCUACAAUGCUCUAUGCUUUGAUUGGACCAAAGUCUACGCCGAAGCUGAGAAGAACUAUCAGAACACACGUGGUCAAUCCACUCAAUAG